AUGUUGAAAGUGACUAAAGCUAGCGAUGUGAAACAAACUAUCUUAGAUGAGAAGUUUUGGGAUAACUGUUUUAUAACGGUUCAGGUGAUGACUCCUAUGUUGAGACUUUUGCGUAUCUGUGAUUCCGAUGAAAAGCCUUCUUUAGGUUACGUUUAUGAAGGUAUGCUUAUGAUAAGGAAAGGAAUCAAAGAGUUGUUUAGAAGGAAAAGACGUAACUAUAAGAGGUAUGUUGAUAUUAUUGAUGCUCGUUGGGAUAAGAUGUUACGCAAAAGUCUUCAUGCAGCAGCUUAUUGGCUCAAUCCAAUAUUUCAAUAUGAAAAAGAUAAUCGUGAAGAAAAGAAAAAGGCAUGGGUAGGGGUGCUUAAUAUGAUUGAGAAGUUAUCAAGUUUAGAUCAAAGUGUGCAAAUAACUAUUUCACACUUGGCAAAAUUUCAGGAUAUAUUAGGUACUUUGGGUCGAUCUAUUGUUAUGUCUUCCGUAGAGCUUGAGCCUCCCGAUGAGUGGUGGAAAGCGUUCGGUGGAGAUGUACCGCCGUUGCAAAAAUUUGCCAUAAGAAUUUUAAGUCAAACUGCAUCCUCUUCCGGAUGUGAACGGAAUUGGAGUGUUUUUGAGAGAAUUCAUACCAAAAGAAGGAACCGCUUGGAGCAUCAAAGGCUAAGUGAUCUCGUAUAUGUGCAUUACAACUUACGUCUACAAAAUAGGCUAACUGAGAGCAAAAGGUCAUAUGACCCGGUUGAUUACCAAGGCAUUGAUAAAAACGAAUUUUGGGUGGUGGAAGACGAGAAGGAAUCCGAGUUUAACUAUGAUGAUUUAGAAAAUAUGCUCGAUGAGGAGCUCCCAAUUGACCUUGAUUCACAAACACAACUAUCCGAAGGCCAAGAAUUCAAUGAAGAAGAUAAUGUGGUUCAAGUUGAUGAUGUUAUUCAUGUUGGUGAUGGCGAUUUUGAUGAUGAUGAUUCGGAUUCGCUAGAUGAUUGGUAG